AUGGUUGAUGUAUGCCAGAGAUGGAUCUUUUGUUCUUCUGCCUCCGCAGUAAAGAUCGUCCUACGAAACAGAAAACUGGGGUUAGAGGAGUAUAGGUUUCUCUUCAAAACCAUUAUCAGUUCGGGGAUUGGGGAGAACACUUACUGCCCCAGAACAGUUCUUGAAGGGAGAGAAGAGUGUUCAUCUCUUAAAGACUCGUACCAUGAAAUAGACGAGAUCAUGUUCGACACACUCGACAACCUCUUCAAGAAAACGGGGAUUUCACCCUCCGAGGUAGACAUCCUCGUAGUGAACGUCUCCUUGUUCUCGCCGGCACCUUCUCUCGCAGCACGCAUCAUAAACAGGUACAAGAUGAGAGAAAACGUGAAAGCUUUCAAUCUUGCAGGAAUGGGGUGCAGUGCAAGUGUGGUUGCUAUCGAUGUGGUGCAGCAACUGUUCAAGACUUACAAGAACUCUGUUGGGAUUGUUGUGAGCACCGAGGAUCUCGGUGGACACUGGUACUGUGGCACGGAGGUUUGA